AUGGCGGAGACGUUCGCAUUCCAGGCUGAGAUUAAUCAGCUGAUGAGCCUGAUAAUUAACACCUUCUAUUCAAAUAAGGAAAUUUUUCUGCGUGAAUUGAUCAGCAAUGCGUCUGAUGCGUGUGACAAGAUCCGUUACCAAAGCCUGACGAACCCGGCGGUGCUCGGCGAUGAGCCACACCUCCGCAUUCGUGUGAUCCCCGACAAGACAAACAAGACGCUGACGGUGGAGGAUACCGGUAUUGGUAUGACCAAGGCGGAUUUGGUGAACAAUCUGGGUACCAUUGCACGCUCCGGUACAAAGGCCUUUAUGGAGGCGCUUGAGGCAGGUGGUGAUAUGAGCAUGAUCGGUCAGUUCGGUGUUGGGUUCUACUCGGCCUACCUUGUGGCGGACCGCGUGACUGUUGUGUCGAAGAACAACGACGACGAUGCGUACAUGUGGGAGUCAUCUGCCGGUGGUACGUUCACUGUGACAGCUGUUCCAGACUGCGACCUGAAGCGUGGCACACGCAUCAUCCUGCACCUGAAGGAGGACCAGCAGGAGUACCUGGAGGAGCGACGCCUCAAGGACCUCAUCAAGAAGCACUCAGAGUUCAUUGGCUACGACAUUGAGCUGCUGGUGGAGAAGACCACAGAGAAGGAGGUGACAGAUGAGGAUGAGGACGAGGAGGCGGCAGCCAAGAAAGAGGGUGAGGAUGGUGAGGAGCCAAAGGUGGAGGAGGUCAAGGACGAUGAGGAGGGGGAAAAGAAGAAGAAGACCAAGAAGGUGAAGGAGGUGACGCAGGAGUUUGUGGUGCAGAACAAGCACAAGCCGCUCUGGACACGCGACCCGAAGGAUGUGACGAAGGAGGAGUACGCCGCCUUUUACAAGGCCAUCUCGAACGACUGGGAGGAGCCUCUGGCAACAAAACACUUUUCUGUGGAGGGCCAGUUGGAGUUCCGCGCAAUCCUCUUUGUGCCGAAGCGUGCACCAUUUGACAUGUUCGAGCCGAGCAAGAAGCGCAACAACAUUAAGCUGUACGUGCGCCGCGUGUUCAUUAUGGACAACUGCGAGGACCUGUGCCCCGAGUGGCUCGGCUUCGUGCGCGGUGUUGUGGACAGCGAGGACCUCCCGCUCAACAUCUCUCGUGAAAACCUGCAGCAGAACAAGAUCCUCAAGGUGAUUCGAAAGAACAUCGUGAAGAAGGCGAUGGAACUGUUCGAGGAGAUCGCAGAGAACAAGGAGGACUACAAGAAGUUCUACGAGCAGUUCGGAAAGAACAUCAAGCUUGGUAUCCAUGAAGACAGUGCAAACCGCAAGAAGCUGAUGGAACUGUUGCGCUUCUACAGCUCGGAGUCUGGAGAGGAGAUGACAACACUGAAGGACUACGUCACGCGCAUGAAGGAGGGGCAGAAGUGCAUCUACUAUGUGACUGGUGACAGCAAGAAGAAGCUGGAGACCUCCCCAUUCAUUGAGCAGGCGCGGCGCCGCGGGUUUGAGGUGCUCUUCAUGACGGAGCCCAUUGAUGAGUACGUUAUGCAGCAGGUGAAGGACUUCGAAGACAAGAAGUUCGCAUGCCUGACAAAGGAAGGCGUCCACUUUGAGGAGUCCGAGGAGGAGAAGAAGCAGCGGGAGGAGGAGAAGGCAUCCUUCGAGCGGCUGUGCAAGACGAUGAAAGAGGUGUUGGGAGACAAGGUGGAGAAGGUCGUGGUCUCGGAGCGCCUGGCAACGUCACCUUGCAUUCUCGUGACGUCAGAGUUUGGCUGGAGUGCGCACAUGGAGCAGAUCAUGCGCAACCAGGCCCUGCGCGACUCGAGCAUGUCCGCGUACAUGAUGUCAAAGAAAACAAUGGAGAUCAACCCGUCACACCCCAUCGUGAAGGAGCUCAAGCGUCGUGUGGAGGCAGACGAAAACGACAAAGCGGUGAAGGAUCUGGUGUUCCUCCUCUUCGACACCGCGCUCCUCACGUCUGGCUUUACGCUCGACGACCCCACCGCCUACGCUGACCGCAUCCACCGUAUGAUCAAGCUGGGUCUCUCACUUGAUGAUGAUGACGAAAACGAGGAAGAGAAGACAGCGGCACCCGCCACUGCAGCGCCCGUGGAGGCCACCGCCGGAACAUCCAGCAUGGAACAGGUCGACUAA